AUGGUGCGCAUCGUGGUGCCCGGAAUCGCCAAUGUCGAGGUGAAAACCGCCCAGGUGGCGGUCGAGCUGGCAGCCAAGCUCCAGGGCCACGACAUGGACGGAUUUGUGCUGGCCACACAGCCGCCGCUGUCGCCCCCGCAGGCCAUGAUGCUCCAGCACCAGGCCAUGAUGCACCACCAGAUGCAGAUGGGCAUGCAUCACCCCAUGGCUGUGCCCGGGGUGCACUACAACCAGUACGCCGCCUACCCCCAAUCGCCGCAACCCUACCCCGGGGCACCUCCCCAGUACAUGGGCUACAUGCCGCAGUACGUGCCCUUUUACCCCGGCUCGCCCCCCAUGACCGACACCUAUCUUGCAUCGUCCAACGUCCCCGACAACACCGCCUCCCAAACAGCAUCGCCCUCCGCCAACUCUGUAGCGUCGUCAGGCGCCUCCUCUCUUACUAACUCCCCCAUGCCAUACUAUGUGGCGCCCGUCGCUCCCGAUUGGACCCAAACCUCGCCCGUGUACAGCAUGCCUAUGAGUCCCGGCUUCAUGCAGUACGGCCAUGUGCCGCGGAUGCGUCGCUUUGGUGGCUACGGCGGCUACGGCGGCUACAACGGCAGCUACGGUGGCGGAUACAAGCCGCGAGUCAUGAACUUUUCGGAUACUCCGAUAGACAAGCAGCGGCUGUUUGUGGGCAACAUUCCGUUUGCUACCACAUGGUACGAGCUCAAGGCGUAUCUGGGCAGCUGUGGCCCCGUGUCCCAUGUUGAGAUCCAGACCAACGAUGUGGGUGACAGCCUGGGAUUUGCAUUGGUCACGUUUCAAGACGAAGAGACGGCCAGUAAGGCGAUUGAGCUGUUCGAUGGAAAAAUGUUUGAGGGCCGGGCACUCAAGGUGCAUUACGACCGGGUGCCUCCCCGGAAGACUUACCACCAGCAUCAGAAUAAUCAUCAUAAUAACCACAGCAGCAACAACCACAACCACAAUUCCGGCAGCAACCACGGCGGUGCUCCUGCAUCGGGCUCUCUGGGCUCUUCUCCUGCACCGGCCGUCGCUGCCAAUGGCUACAACAGAUACAAGGGCUUCAAGCCAUUUGUUCCUGGUGAUGCGGGAAGCCAAGCAUGA